GAGCUAUUUAUAUCUCUGAAUUACAACCCUCCUGGGGCAACCCUCACCUACCCUUCACCCAUCAACACAUCUUUAGAAAAUGUAGUUUUAUCCCCUCACCCUGUGUGUUCACCUACUCAACCUUCUCACCGACUUCCCCAGUUUACUCACAGUUAGCUGCCACUGCUAAUGGCCUACAUAGCUGUCCAGAUUUAUAAAUAGUUUAGAGGCUGUUUGUUUCAUCCGUCUGACACUCGACACCAAAGGAUCUCACAGAGCCACAUGCUAAGCUCAAGCCCUCAUUCUACGGCCUCAUGGUGGACACUCUCUGUGGGACAGCUCCUCUAUUUUUGUCUGAUCUCCAGUCCUGACUUCCACUGCCUGCUGCUGGUCAGAUCCUCUGAGAUCUCACAGUGGCCCUCAAACUGGAUUUGGAUUAUUCUGAAUAGAAAGAGCCUGGCUCUCCCAGAGAGUGGAUGUGUGAGGUGACAGUUCAGGAUUAGAUUGAUAGGGACAUAAUAAACAGUUCCCAAAUUAUGGAUUAUAAACCUGGAAGGUUUUAGAGCUGGAAGCUCGUCACUGGACAAAAAUAAACCUGCUGCAUGCAAGAAUGAAAAGAAAUCAUCUUGACAGCUAACGGGAAGAUUAUUGCUGCAUAAAACACCGACAGAAAGCAGCAGAUUGAAGGAUCAUUUGUGCAUAACCAUAGUGAAACAAACAAUGCCUCUGCAGAAAAUCUUGAACAGAGGCCCCAAACUUCGGGUGCAGCAGCUCCACCAGCUGAAACAGAUUGAAACUUUAAGGUCUAUAUUUGCAUGAAUGACCAAACGACUAAAAAGCAAUAUAUUUUGUUUUUGUAAGUUUGCGUCAUGACCUCAGUUGAGAAGCGUCGCUCGAGGCGGAAGAGCAGUGGGCACAGGAAGCACAGUGAUGGAGGCUUCAGUGACACAUCGAGUGGGGGCUCCUUCCUGGAUGAGACUGAUCGAGAGGUCAGCAAUCUGACGGACAGAGCAUUCAGAAGCCUUUGCAUUGGAGAUGAGGCCGUUUAUAAUGACUCUGACCUCAGUUUGUGUUCGCCUAGCGCCUACUCAGACAGACAGCUGGCUUUCUGCAGAGACAGAGAGGAGAGAGAAAGGGAGGACCGAAAGAGAGCUGUGCAGGAGAAUUUUAACCUCAGUGUGCAGCAAUAUGGACAAGACUGGAUCACAGCAGGGAUGUAUGGAGCAGAGAUCCAGAGAGAUGCUCAGUGGGAGGCUUAUGGGGACAUGACACAGGGGAUGGUUUCUGCCACAUUCCAGCAAUCCUUAGUGGAAACCUCACAGCUGGGCAGGUCUCUGAGGGAAGAGGAGCUGUCCUUCCACAGCAACGGAGCCACAGAGUUGAGUUCACAGCAACGCAGAAGCCACUCGAGAGUUUCGUCUCUCAUCAGGGCGUUUAACUCUGAUGGACACAGAGAUGCAGCAGGGGUGGAAGAUAACAUCAGAGAGCGGGAUGAUGGGACAAGUUGGGACAAAUCAGCUCUCAUGAGUAUUCAGAGAGAACUUUCUGAAUUCUCAUACCAGCAAAAUUUCAACCAUCAUUUCCAUCCUGUCGGGCCAUUUUCAUGUCGAGACCCAAACUUCUAUUCCUCUGAAGCAGAAUCAGUGGCCCAAAUGUCUCACAGCUACAUGAGGUCAUCACAAACGAAACACAUCAUUUCUGCACAGGCCAACUGCAACUCUAACUUCUUCAUCCACAGUGAGUUCAGUCCCUUCCAGUUAUGGAGAGAUUACAACAGGUUUCCGUUUCAGCAAGCAGAAGUCUCAGGCUUUAUGCAUUACUCAGAGUUUCCUAAAUGGUAUCAGACCCCCAUGUACAAUGAACUUUCUCUUGAAAAUCAAGCACACAGCCGUCAUAGAGACAUCAGACAACCUCGAAAUCACCUGGGAUAUCCGGUUCCUCUGACGGCUCCACGCUCCACCUCAACUUCCUCUCAGGUCCAGAGAGCGUCAGCUGUGGAGAAACGCUGCGAGUCAGAGCUGGCGGUUCAUCAUCCUCAGAGAAAGUGGACACAGAGGCUGGGGACUAACAAACUUCCACCUCACCGUCCGUCAACUGCGUCACCUUCUACUGAGAUGUCUCGACGUGUCAGAGACACCAUCAGCUCUGUCAAAGCUCUGCAGCAAAAGGUUAAAAUGAUGUCAGAGUAUGACACGACUAAUCAACAAGAAACAUUCAGUAGGAAUGAAAGUUGGUUUACCUCAGGAACGAACACAUUGACAGCAGAGAUGAACAUUGUCAGCAGUAACAAAGCAAAUUCCUUUAGAAUUGGCCAGCAGCUCACACCUUCAGUCCAAAAACAUCAGGAUGUAGACACAUCCGGCUUACACAAGCAUGAAGUCUCCCCUCAACCAGUAGAGCAUCCUCCAGUGAGAGCUGAAAGCCGAGGAGCAACUCCUGAUGUCAGGAUGUCCAGCUACAGAUCUCGAGCCACAAGUCUGCUCUUCAACCUGAAAGACAACAGAAAAAGAGUAAAAAGCACCUACAGUCCAACCAAGUUCAAAGGCUUAGAUACAGCAGAGAGGAACCAGCAGCCCUACGGCCAGGAGCCACACGAAAGUGCACUUACUAGUUCAGAUGUUCACUGUCUCCAGACAGAACCAGUAAGAAGUACAAAUGCUGCUAUAAACCAGUAUCACACCCCCGGACUAUCACUUACUGCCCAGACAUCUCACUCCACUAGAGUAAACUCAGGCCACUAUUCAGAAAACACUGUAAAUGAUUACCAGGUAGCUCAAAUGCAAAGCCAUGGCUCUGGAUUCAGUGGUUUUGUAACUUCAAAUUACUCCAACAAUCAGCUGCUAGGAAAUGGGCAGAAUCUGAAUAAAUGUUUUGCAUCAUUUACUCCCUACAGGCAAGAUAUUUAUGGAUCUGCAGAUGAAGUCAAGCAGUCUUACUCAGCUGAGGACACAUCAAGAUUGAGUGUUGACAACAUUCAACAUAGAGAACACCUAAUAGGCAAAGUGAAUGCAACGCAAGGAGGAGUGUUCGUAAAGGCGGACAAAUAUGACCAGUUAAAAGAAAACACACACAAUUACAAAAAUGUGUCCUCCCAGGAUAAUUGGAGACAAGCAAGUGUCCAAGAUACAGAAAAUAUCCAUCUCAAAACAAAUGUUCCCCCAAUGAAACAUGAGACAGAGUCUUUAGUAGAACGUUUAAAGCAAGAAAAUUUGCAUGGUGGAGAAAAAGAAGAAGUAAAGGAUGCCAAUUUAAGACAGAAUUAUAACAGAUUUACUGAUCAGUAUGGUAGAGGCCAACAAAAUACUACGUCAGACAAAACAAUGGACAUAAUAACAACAGGUCAGACUAAACUAAAUAUACCAGCUCCAAAUGAAAAGAUACAAACUAAACCUCGGUUUGAAAAGAAAAAUCAGCCAAAUCCAACAUUUAUUGAAAAAAAUACAUUGACUGUCGCAAUGACAAAUCAGGUAAAGAACAUGCAGACUGUAGACACGAAAUGUGAACAGGUGAUGGCAUCCCACAGGAAACCACAAUAUCACCAAGCGGAAAUGACCAAAACCCAACAGAAGGAGCCUGCAGAACCACCAAAAAUAGAAAUAGCAAAGUUUAUUUCGUCAAGGCAACCUGCAUUAGAAACGGUCAAAAUGCAAGAAUUGCAAAAUGUAAGACAAGUCAAAGAUGAUCAUAUAAUUGAAGGGGAAGAGAGAAAAAAUGAACAAAAAGAAAAGGCAAGAGACACAUAUUUUCAUCAGGAAGAAGAGAAACAGACUACGGGUGAAAAAGAAAGGGUUUUGAAGCCAACAGACGAGCCAACAAAUGUUACAGAAAAAGUCCCUAAGAAGCUCAAAACAGAACAAGCUGAAAAGGAGAAGCUAAAAGAGGAACACGAAAAAACCAAACUGGCAAAGACCGAGGCGCCUGAGCAGGUCAGAAUAGACCAAGUUAAACAUGAACAGGCCAAUGGCGUGCAAGCAGAGAAAAAACAGCAGAGCACAGAAAAAGCAGAGGGAGAGCAGAUGUAUGCAGAGAAAAUCAAUAUGGAAAAUGUUAAAGAAGAACAGAUUAGAGGCAAACAAAGAGAGCAGAUAAAAGACCUGCAAACUAAAACAAUAGAUGUGAAGAGGAUGGGAAUAGAAGUGUUGGAGGUCAAAACAGACCACAUGAAAGUCGAGGAUGUCAGGGAAGGUAGGGAUGAGAAAGACUCAAGUCAUGCAUGUCAUAUUAAUUUAGAGAAGGCCACAUCAUGUACAGGGAGCACAGAAGACACACGGGGAGAAAAAACAAAACUGGAAGAAAACCUGGAGCAAAAGGAAUCUGAGCAAUCAAAAACAGAAAACCUGCUGGAGAGGUCAGCUAAAUUCACAGCCAAGCUUGCACCAACACAACAGGCCAGACAGGAACCAGACAGAGUUGAGCAAGUUAAGAUAGAAUUAGCAAGAGCCAAAACAGAGUUACCUAAAACAAAGGAGAAAAUGAGAGGAGAGCAAAAACAAAAAGUGAGAAACAUUAUUUUCACCAAAGAAGAAGGUCUUUUAAAGAAUGAUGAUUCUAAUACUGGUGAAAAUGCCAGGAACAAAGAACAGAACCACCCACUGGAAACACAAACUCAUGCAGUGACUGAUGAUUAUGAAAGGCUUAGGGAAAAAUAUGGUUUUACAUAUCCAACAUCUGCAAACAGCACCAAACUGUCAGCUGUAGAAAAUAACGAACAAGCCAAAGAACACAAAGUUGAAAUAGGAAAUAAUUUGACAUCAAUUGACAGACCUUGUGUUAGUGAUUCGUUUUUAACACCAGAGACAGCGAAUAAGGAGGGAGGUAGAAACUUUAAACACAGUAACGAGACAGUACAAGAGAGUGAUUGCAAUGAGCCAUUAAAUAAACCACAUUUAGGUAGCGCUCAUUCUUUUCUAACAAAUUUAUGUGAUAAAGCAAACACAGAAAAUGUAUCUGACAAACUGAAGGACGACAGUGGUCAGAAAUCAGAAAAAAAUGAUGUUAUUAAAGACAAGGCUUCCCUGCAAAAAGAAUCUGUUUCAGCUAAACAUGAAAGAAAGUUAAUUGAUCAGCGAAUUGACAAAGGCAAAGACAUGGCUGUUGCUCCACUUAGAGCUUUAUCUCAAAGAGAAAAAGCUCAAACUAAGCAGGAAAUACUGACUUCCAAAAUAAAAGCACAUGCUGAAAAAGAGAUUUCCGCAAUAAAAGAAAAGGGAUUUGCUUUACCAGAAGGCUUUAUGGGCAAAAGCUCGGCCAUGCUAUCAGCAAGUGGUCAGAGUGUUAACAUUCGACAGAGGCCUUCAUCACAGGAAGUGCCUAAGAAGCAUGAAACCACAGUGUCCAACAAAAUCACAACAAAGCAUCAGCUUGAGCCUUCAGGAGUGCAAAAAGAACCAGACAAGUCUGCUUCAUCUCUGAGCUCAGAUACAGUAGAUAGUGAAGCAGCAGUUGAUCAUUCAGAAAAAUCCACAAAAACAAUCCUCCCCACAGGUACCUCUGUGAGCACAACUAACAUCUGUGUGGAAAACAAACAAAACGAAGAAAAUCACACAGAAACAUUUGGAAGACUGAGCGGGGAAAUGCAACAAGUGGAAAAUGAUGAAACUCUCACCAAAACGAAAGGCAUAGCACAAGCUAGUGGUAUAUCCAAACCUGUGACUGCAGAAGCUGCUAAAGAAGAAGCUCAUAAAGACUCAGAAUCAGAAGAUUGUGUGACUCAAAAUGAAUCCUCUGUAAGAGAUGACAGUGUGCAGAUUAUGGGGAUUAUGGUAACUGUAGUAGAAAGAAACCCAACAGUCAAUAGUAGCCCACAGAAUAACAACACUGAAAAUCAGACCAAUUCAGUAAAGGCAGAGAGCAAUACAUCAGAUUCAGGUAGAGAGAAUUCCAGCCUAGAAGAAGCAAAAGUAUUAGUGAAGGCAACAGACUCAAAAAAGAGUCCCGGUGUUAUGAAAGAAAAUGAAGAUUCUCUUGAAAAGAAUAACUAUUCAGAUAAUGUGAAAGAAAUUUUAAACGGGAAAGAAAUGAACAGAGAAAUAUCAGCUGAAAACGCAGAUCUCCAACUCAGCGAUUGUGCUACUAUUGCAGAACUACAGAAGAAGAGACAACCAGAAGCCGGGUUUAUACCUUCUAAAGACAAAGUCUUGGCCAAAACUCAACCAGUUCUCCGCCAAAUGGACACAACUCGAGAAGAAACAAAGGAUGUAAGUGUUAACAUGCCAAAGGAAAAUUGGUCAGAAACCUCUGGCCACCCAGAGGCAGGAGACAAGGGAAGUCAACAUGAAAUGCAAAAGCCUUUCAUCAAUGAAAUAUCCCAUGAUAAAAUUGACAAAGCCAUAAACGAUCAGCCAAUGAACGACAACAUGAAAACAUUUAAAAAUAUUUCCAAAAGCAGUAACAAUGAUGGGCAGUGUGCGGCUGAACCAGAAGACAACACCUGCCCUUUUUCUCCACCAAGCCCCUUCAAUGAUUCCUGCGUGGAUAACACUAGGAUGGUGUCUCAAAGCCAUCAAUCCACUGAAACAUUCAGUAAAGAACACAAUCAAGAAGUUACGAGUGUGCAUAUUGAUAACAUUGCCGUCAGAGUUGUGCCAAGUGCAAGUAAAACAGAUAACGUGGACAUGUUGGAAAAAUGUCCUAUGAAAGCUGUUCCUCCGAAUGCAGGGUUUGUGUCUGAACAGAAUCAGGUUGUCACAUCCAGCAGUGAAGGAAAACUGCAAAUUUCAAAUCAUGGGCAUCAUUUUGAAAACUUGAUUCAUGAAAACAGUGAGCAGAAGAUGAAAGACAGUCUGGAAGAAAAAUUAGCUGUACAGUAUGUAUUAUCCAGCGUAAGGAAACUGUCUGACUCAUUGAAGGAAAAUGAGAAACAGAACAAUGUAAAUACAACCAGGGAGAGCAUUAAAGCUGGAGACAAAAAGUCAGAAUCUAGUGUACAGAUGGUGGAAGCAGAUUAUUUUCAAGUGCAAGGACCAGCAGAGACAAGCAACACAUCUCCUGCUAAUAUCACAGCUGGAAAGGAUUUAAAGGUAAAUGAUGUCCUAAAGUUAUUACCAAACGAGACAUUUAUUGGCACUGAACUGCAAAGUGAUGUCUUUGUGUUCACUGUGGAUCCAAGUGAAAAAAAGACAGAUCAGUCAAGUUCAGAAAUUAUUGAUGGUAAGAACUUGACAAGUGAAGAUUUGGAAACUGGCGAUGAUACAGUUACUUCAAAACAGCCUGGUGGUUCCAUGGAGAGUUGGAACAAAAUAAUAAAUUUGGAGGCAAGCCAAUCUAAUCCUACCAGAACUUAUGAUGAGGUGAACCAGUUGGAGUCCUGUGCAACGGAAAGACAGAAUUCGGGUAAUCAAAAUUUAACAAACACACAUUCUGAAGCUAAGCCGAAUCCAAGAGAACGAGUGUCUGCAAUACCAGAAAUAUCAGCUAUUGCAGACUAUGCCAGAUUAAAGGUGAUUGUUUCAGAGGAUAAAGAAGAGCAGCCGCUUCAGCAAUUCCCUCCCAACAAAAAGGAAGGGUUCUUCCCACUAAUACAGACCCGUCACAGCAGACGCCCUGUGUUUACUGAUUACCAACAAGACCACUCUGUUAAAACCCAAAGCUUAUCAAGUAAGACAGAGAUAACAGCCACCGUCAACAAAGAGUCCAAAUCGCUAGUAUUUCCUAUCAUGGAGAGGGAGCACCAAAGAACUGGAAUGUUCAAACUUGGAGACAAAGAAAGACAAGAAAAAACACCUCUGAAUGCCCAAAUGACAGUCUAUGCAGACAAAGAUCCAAAUCAGAUAGAUUCUAUGAACUCCCCCAUAGAUAAGACAGAAUUAGUGGCUCACGAAGCAGAGGAGCAUCAAUGGAGGACAGUAGAAGAGCAACAGACGAAAGCUACACAUGAGGUACAAUGGAGAGGAUCAGUUGAGGAGCAGUACAGGAGGACUGCACAACAAGCUCAACAAAGUAUUGCAGAAAAGGAGCAACAGAGGACUGCUCUACAUGAAAAACAACAGAGAAGAGUAGCGGAGGAGCAGCAGAGGAGGAUUGAGGAAGCGGAGCAAAAAAGGAAAGCUGCAUAUGAAGAACAACAAAGAAAAGCAGCAGAGGAACAACGAAGACAGGCUGCAAAACUGGAGCAACAAAGAAGGAUUACAGAAGAAGAGCAACAGAGGAAGGCUCUACAUGAAGAACAGCAAAGAAUAGCGGAAGAGCAGCAAAGGAGAAUUGAGGAAGAGGAGCAAAAAAGGAAAGCUGCAUAUGAAGAACAACAGAGAAGAGUAGCAGAGGAGCAGCGAGAGAAUGAGGAAGAGGAGCAAAAAAGGAAAGCUGCAUAUGAAGAACAACAGAGAAGAGUAGCAGAGGAGCAGCGAAAGAAAAUGGAGAAAGAAGAGCAAAAAAGGAAAGCUGCAUAUGAAGAACAACAGAGAAGAGUAGCAGAGGAGCAGCGAAAGAAGAUGGAGGAAGAAGAGCAAAAAAGGAAAGCUGCAUAUGAAGAACAACAGAGAAGAGUAGCAGAGGAGCAGCGAAAGAAAAUGGAGAAAGAAGAGCAAAAAAGGAAAGCUGCAUAUGAAGAACAACAGAGAAGAGUAGCAGAGGAGCAGCGAAAGAAAAUGGAGAAAGAAGAGCAAAAAAGGAAAGCUGCAUAUGAAGAACAACAGAGAAGAGUAGCAGAGGAGCAGCGAAAGAAGAUGGAGGAAGAAGAGCAAAAAAGGAAAGCUGCAUAUGAAGAACAACGGAGAAAAGCAGCAAAGGAACAGCAAAGGAGGGCUGCACAACUUGAGCAACAAAGAAGGAUUGCAGAAGAGCAACAGAGAAAAGCUGCACAUGAAGAACAACAGAGAAGAUUAGCAGAGGAGCAGCAAAUGAGGAUCACACAACUGGAGCAACGACAAAGAAUUGCAAAAAAAGAACAACAGAGGAGAGCAGCAGAGGAAGAGCAACGGAAGAUUGUGGAAGAACAAAGGAAGAAAGCUGCCCAUGAAGAACAACAGAGAAGAAAAGUGGAGGAGCAGCAGAGAAGGGCUGCAGUACUGGAGCAAAAACGAAGAAUCACAGAAGAAGAGGAACAGAGAAAAGCUGCAGAGCAGCAAAAGAUUGCAGAAGAUGAACAAAGAAGGAAAUCAGCAUAUGAUGAACAACAAAAGAAAGCAGCAGAGGAAAAGCAAAGGAGGAUUACAGAAGAGGAACAAAGAAAGAUGGCUGCUCAUGAAGAACAACAGAGAAGAGAAAUGGAGGAGCACCAAAAAAUGGCUGCACAACUGGUUCAACAAAGAAGGACUGCAGAGGAGCAACACAGGAAAGCUGCUCAUGAAGAGCAACAGAGAAGAGCAGCAGAAAGGCAACAAUUGAGGGCUUCGCCAUUUGAGCAACAAAGGAGGACUGCAGAAGAACAGCAGCAGAGGAUAGCUUCUCCUGAAAAACAACACAAAGGGGCAGGAGAAGAGCAGCAAAAGAGAGCUGCACAAAUUGAUCUUCAUAGGAGGACUGCUGAAGAAGAGCCAACAAGACAAGAUGCACACAAAGUACAACAAAGAAGAGAAGCAGAAGUGCAGCAAAGGAGGAUUGCAAAAGAAGAGCAACAGACAAAAACUUUACAUGAACAGAGUUUAGCAGUUGAAGAGCAGCUGAAGAGAACUGGACAAUUGGAGCAAGAAAGAAGGCUCAGAGAAGGCCCACAAAUGAGAAAAGCCGCAGAAGAAGAUAAGAAGGGGAGAACCGUACAAGAACAAAAAAGAGAAACAGAACAGGAACAAAGGAGAGCACCUCAAAGUCCAAAUGACCGACGAAGGAAAGCAACAGAACUGAAUCAAAGAUAUUCCCAAUUGGAACACAGAGAAAAAGAAAGGCAAACUGCCAAACAGGACAAACAAAGAAGAGAAAUAGAGGAGGAACAAAAGGAACUUUCUCAAGAGGACAAGCAAAGGAUGCUUUCAGCAGAAGAACAAAAGAGAGGAGAGUCUGAUGAGCAGGAAAGAAAAGCAAUACAUGAGCAGCAACAGAGGAGAGUUGCACAGAAGGAGCAAAAACAAAGUGAUGUAGAAGAGCACCGGAAAAGGCUUGCACAAAAAAAGCAGCAAAGAAUAGCAUCUCUGAUUGAGGAGCAAAGACAAGUUAAACCAGGAAAAGAGCAGAUAGUUGGCAAUACUGAAAAGGAAACAAUAGGAAAAACAAGAGAAGGAAUAAAUGUCUUCAUUUCAGAGAAGGAAAGUGUCAAACAGACACAAGAACUUAACAAAAUCCAACAUCUGAAUGAAGUGCCAAUGAAUGAAAGUCUUGUGGAAGAGGAGAAAACUGCAUCACAGAAAAUGUUGAAAAAUGAUUACAUAGCUGCUGAAAAGGAAGAAAUCGUGGGAGAACAGAGACUAGAAAAACAUUUCAAACAGGAGAAUGCUAAAGAUUUGACACCAACUAAAACAGAUAAUGAUAGUCAAGCUGACAAGAUGGAAGAUGAUGAGCAGGUAACAUCUCUCAAUGUAAAAGCAAGAGACUGUCAAGAGAUGGACAAAGGAACAGCACAGAAGAUGAAUGCUCUCCAGUAUUUUGCAAUCACCUCAACCAAUAGAGAGAGAAUAUCCAGAGAAAAACAGUUGUCCCCACAACAACAACAGAAAAAGAAACAAGAGGAACUUGAAUCACCCAAUGACUUCUUGAACCACAGACAUUACAGACCUCAUGCUGCUGUAUCUCCAGCUCCAACUCUGCCCCGUUCCAACACCUCGUCUCCUGCACCAGGAGCCAAGCCCUUGAUGUUCAGAGUGAAGGACAACACCAUGAGAGGUUCCUCUCUCACAAAGUCCAUCAAACCACGCUUCCAUAAGAACUUUGGAGAGGACUUCUCAAUGGGUUCAACAUUUGAUGGAGCAUCAGAUAAAGCAGAGGAUGACCAGGAGAUAGUCAGACGAAAUGCAGGGACCCCAUUUAGUCGUUUUGCUGCUAUCAGCGAGUCUUCAUUACAAGAUUACUCAAACACUAUCCCUCACAUGAGACCCUAUUCUAGGAGAAGUGUGGCAACGGAUGAUGAUGAAUCUCGCUCUGUCAUCAGUAGUAUGUCAGAGGAUGUGGAGAGCUUUGCGACGAGUGCAGCAGAUCUGACCGACAUGCAUGGCCUGUUUGAUUUUGACAGACCUGAAUCGGCAUGCAGUUUCAGCAGUGAUGUCUCGCGGUCUCUGGGCAAACCUCCAGCUGUUCCACCGAAAAGUGAAAAAGCCUUACGGAGAGCUCAAAGGUUAACCUCUCGAAGGAUGAAGAAAGAACUUUCCAAGGCUGCAGAAGGAAACCCUGUAGGACUUGGGAAAGAGGUCUCCAGUUUUCCUUCUUCAUCAUCCUCCUCAAAUGAGGUAUGCUCCUCCAAACCCCAUGUUGUGGCUUCCCCCCAUUUUUCUCCGCCUGUUGCCUUUGCUCUUGCUCCAGCUACUGGAUCCAGCUUGCCUUCCUCUCAUAAAGAUCGCAAAUCCUCUCAUUACUCUUUUCAUGCUUCUCCUCAUGCCACCGGCCCCAUUUCUAUCCCCAGUCCUUCGCCUCAUGCUCGUUCUGUUGUGUCUCUUCAUGCUUCUAGCCCUGCUUCCAAACCUGCAGCUCUUCAAACAGUUGCUCACGUAUCCUCUUCUCCCACUCUCCAUCAUGUCAAUCAUCCGGCCACUCCUAUGACACAAUACCAUGUAGAGUCAACCAACUAUCCAUUGACUCAGCGGAAGGUACUGCAAGAUCUGGGGUCUGGGCAGUUCUUUGUCGUAGAUGUACCUGUUCAAGUAAAAACAAAGACUUUCUUUGAUCCUGAGACAGGAAAAUAUGUUCAGCUGAAUGUGCGCCAGACUGGUCAGAAUAUUUCUCAACCUCAGCUUCACCAAAAACACCAACAGUCUCAAGGACAACAACAACAACUGCCAGUCAAUCAGCAAUCACAGUCCCUCUCCUCUGUCACCACAGUUGCUAGUAAGCCUUUUAGGUUUUAUCAAGGCCAGCACAGUUCUCCACAAAACUACCAGGCAGCUGUCGUCAACUCUGUGCAUGAAAGCAGCUCCUCAGUCCCAGCAGCUCUACACCAAAGCCAGCAGGCCUCAAGAGAAAACCACAGCUGCAGAACUCCAGUUCCUGAAAUUGAUCAGAACUCCGAGGGCCAUCGCUACAGUCCAGAGAAAACACCAUACAUGGACACAGUUAAUGACAUCACCAAGACAUACAACUUGGUGAACAGCACACGGGACUCAUGCAACACUUUUCCCGAAUGUGACACAAACAGUCCGCUUGGUAGAAGUUCAGUUUGUGAAAACGAUCACUCAGCUAACUUGGAGUAUCAGCCUCGUGACAUUAUUGCCAUAAGUGAAUUAGAAGAUUUCAUGGAGGUGUCUGACUGGUAGAAAAAAAGACUGACAUUAAAAUAAAGAAGUUUUUCUGAUAUUAUAACACCUGAAACAUGCAGUGAAUAAAUAAUGCAAUUCAAAAUUUAAGUAACUUGCCAUCCGAAACAAAUUUAUUUGUGAUUGUAUAGGUCACUGUGACAUGCUCUUAAACUGCUGCUGCUGUCUUUUUCAGAGAUGAACUGUUUUAUUUUGUAUUUGUAUUCUAUAUUUAUUGUUACCAUUCCAUUUGACUUUGAAUGUCAGAAGCUAACAUAUCUCCCAUGUUAACAGUGACAUCUGUAUCUUAUUUCCUGGUGUGGUGAACAUACCUUACAUAAACACAUUGCAAACUGCCCCAUCAUAAAGUGCUUUAUGAAAUAAUAUGCAUUUAUUCUGCAUUAUAAACAAUGGCUGGUCUGUUUUACCUCUCCUGUUGUGAAAACCUUACAAUGUAUAAAAUAACUCUUCAAAGUCAAAGAUCUUCAAAUGGUAUACAACAUAGUUUGUCUAUGCAGCAAGAGUUUCAAAACGAACAUGGUCACAUGGAGUUGAUACGAUUGUUGCUGUUUUAAAGUUAUACAGUACUUUGUUUUAUAAGAUGGAUGUUUCUAGGAGUGAUUUUGUGUUGCUGUGAAUGUAGCAUUACAUGGACUUUUUCAAACAACAAGAAAAACCACAUUUAACACAGAUAUUUCUCACCAUGUGAUUUUUUUUUUCUUUUGAGGAUUAAAAAUAAUAAUAAAAAAAAGAUUUCUGAAAG